UUUGCACUGACUGUCAAAAGCAAAACACUAUAUUGGUGGUGGUGAAUUGGUGUGACGAGGGAGCGGGGGCAGCUCACCGUCCUCUCUGAGAACGCAACUCACAUUACACCUCCUCUUUCCCGGGUAGGAAUGAGACCUAUGUUUGCGGAGCUGGGAUGACCUCAAUAUUUUGAACCGUGUUGCUUGUUUUAGUGGUGGCUAGGGUCCUCUCUCACACACAAACAAAACACCACACAUCAUCUUUGCCGUUUGUAAACCAGCGAACAGCGCAGACAGGUUUUUCUCUGCAAAAGGCUGUCUUGCAGACUACACUCGAGAAGAGUUACGGAGUGGAGUCUACGUUUUGGACCCCCUACGACUUUGGUGUAUAGAAAACACAUUCUAAAAAGAGGAGCAGUGCAAUCAGUCGUGAAUCUCGGAUAUGUCGGGGGUGAAAAUAUUCAACCUUGUUGUUGGAGUUGUUUUAGUUUUGCAGUCUCUUGGAAAUGCGUUUCAAGUGCCUGGAGGGGACCUGACAAACGGGGUCUCCUACUCCUACCUGCAGGGGCAGCCGCUGGCUGAGGAGGACGUGGCAGUGGAUGUGAAGUUGUACAGUCACCGGUGGAGGAGGUGGCUGUCCCCAGAACAACCACAUAACAUGGACAAUAACAGGGCCAGCCAGGACCAGGAUCAGCAGGACCAAGACCAGAGUCAAGACCAGCCUGAGGGGAACUUCCCAGGCCUGCUCUCAGCAGAGGACAGCCAGGACACUGACAACAGCUCCCAGAUAGAGGAGGACACAGAUCACAACUACUACACAUCAAAGACCUACGGCCCCACGGACCCCAUGAGCAAGGACUUGUGGGUAAACGUUGACCAGAUGGACAAGGAGAAGGUGAAGAUCCAUGGCAUUUUGUCCAACACUCACAGGCAAGCUGCGAGAGUCAAUCUAUCCUUCGAUUUCCCCUUUUAUGGACAUUUUCUGCGUGAUCUCACCGUGGCAACUGGUGGGUUCAUCUACACGGGCGAUGUGGUCCACAGGAUGCUGACGGCCACCCAGUACAUCGCCCCCCUCAUGGCCAACUUUGAUCCCAGUGUCUCCAGGAACUCAACCGUCAUCUACUUUGACAAUGGCACUGCUCUGGUAGUCCAGUGGGACCAUGUCCACCUGCAGGACAGCUACAACCUGGGCAGCUUCACCUUCCAGGCCACACUGCACAGCGACGGCAGGAUCGUCUUCGCCUACAAAGAGAUCCCCAUCGAGGUGGCCCAGAUCAGCUCUGUCAAUCACCCGGUGAAGGUGGGCCUCUCCGAUGCCUUUGUGGUGGUCCACAGGAUCCAACAGAUUCCCAAUGUUCGUAGGAGAACGAUCUAUGAGUAUCAUCGCGUGGAGCUGACGAAGACCAAAGUCACCAACUCCACAGCAGUGGAAAUGAUGCCUUUACCGACAUGUCUCCAGUUCACCAGCUGUGGCAGCUGCAUCUCCUCCCAGAUCAACUUCAACUGUAGCUGGUGCCACCGCCUUCGCAGGUGUUCCAGUGGGUUCGACCGCCAUCGGCAGGACUGGGUGGAUAACAGCUGUCCUGAUGAGACCAAGGACAAAAGCUGUGAUAUCAUCAACACCACACAACUCUAUCCGUUCACCACCACGUUAGUUGCCAAGACAACAGGCCGGAGCAGAGGAGAGACCACCACAGCCGGAGCCUCUUUGUCUACGUCCCUCUCCCCGACCAGCGUCCCCACUGAAGAUGACACCAAGAUUGCUCUGCAUCUCAAAGACAAUGGAGCGAUGCCAAAGGAGAGUUCUGCAGAGCGGAAGGGCACACACCCCCUGCACACUGGACUGAUCCUGGGAAUCCUCAUGGUCGUGCUCAUCAUGGCUGCCACAGUCCUGGUCACCGUCUACAUCUACCACCACCCCACCUCGGCCGCAAGCCUAUUCUUCAUCGAGAGACGUCCCAGCAGGUGGCCGGCCAUGAAGUUCCGCCGAGGGUCCGGUCACCCAGCCUAUGCGGAGGUGGAGCCCGUGGGCCAGGAGAAAGAAGGCUUCAUCGAGUCUGAGCAGUGCUAAAGGGCAUCCCCCCCACCACACACACACACACACCCCGCCGUGCCGCUCUCCCCCCUCCCGUAUUGCCCCCCCUUGCGCCUGCUCCACAGGCACUGACACACCAGUAUUGCCCCAGAAACAGACCUUCCGAAUCUGCCAUACCCAUGGCGACUGAUUGACGCUGGUCUCUUGUUUUGUUGAUUAAAACACUCACUGUCAAGAUUGUAAACUUAAAUUAGAAAAUUGUGGAGGUGUUAAUUUGAAAAACCCCACACUCUUGCUGGUUGUUGAAGAGUGGGCCUUGUGUUUGGUGGACUACCAUGGUGGACUACCACCUUCAACCAUAGCUUGUCCAACAAAGAGCUGAUCUGAGAGCUUAGGGAGGGUCACUGCCAGAGGGACUGUGCUGUAGGUAAACCUUGAAAACUGAUCUCAAGUCAGCUCUUCAUCCAAGUUCUCAAAGUCUCACACUCGUGCUGGUUGAAGUGACUGACUGACUGACUGACUUGUUGGGGACAGAGGAAAAGUAGCCACGUUUGUACCUGGUGCUGACAUGCGUCCUUUGUCCUGAUCUUGUCCACAUUUUGAUCGUGCCAACAUUUUAAGACAAGUGUAGAUGAUUAAAAGACACAUUGUGAUCUGAUUGUGAUCAGAUCUUCCUGACCACCUCCGGAGGUAGUCAGGCACGCAUUGUGUCUGGAUAUCAAUUAAGUGUAAACAGAUGUGGAUGGUCAAAACCAUUUAAAUCAUCAUAAUACCGGCCUUUAAAAUAAUUGACAGUUAUGAAAAUUGACUUAGGGGCUUCAGUAACUGUCUUAAAACAAAUCAUCCAUAUUAUUUUAAAGAAUAUCUGUCAAAUAAUUUGCAUACAGGGAGGCAUGAGCUAAUCUGGUCACAAUGCAGGCACAGUGGACGGAUAAGAGACACAUUUUAAUACUAUGUGUGGAGGCGAAAAAACCUUGAUCAGAUAGUGACUGGAUCAUAUUGAUCAGAUCACGAAACUCACAUGUUAGCACAAGGUGUAAACUAGGCUAUUGAAUGGGUUGUACAGAGUAACUGUGAUGCAUUGGGGGAGUAGGUGGAAUUAUACAAUAUAUUUUUCAGAAACAAUACUGAGUAUGUGAACAGAGAUCUCGACUUUAAAUGUUGGUGAGGUUAUAUAAACUUUACAUCCUUUUGGGAUUUUGCAAAUGUACUUUUUUCAUAUUUUGUUUCUGUUGCUUUUUUAAAACUUGGGUUUUCUCAUAAUCAGUGUGGGGGGGUUUGUCUUGCUUCCCACUACCACAAUAAGGCUUCUUUACCAUAGCUUACUCCAUAGUGUGGUUCAAUAGUGUGAUAUGCUCUUGCUACUGCCACUCAUCCCACCAAGGAGUAGCAGUCUGCAAGUCUGGAAAUGUUCAGUUCUGUCUCUUUUGUUCAGCUCUGGCAUCUCUUUGUUUUUUUCAUUUUGUCAAAGAUUGUGUGGUUUUUGCUUACUGACAAAACCUCUGUUUUCCACGAUGGGGUGAUGGACACACUCUUCUCUUGUCAUUGGUUUGAUUCCUCCCUUAUUAACAUAUGCUGUUCUUCUUUUACAGUGAUUUCAGUACUGCCGUGCCAUUGUUUCCUUGACUGGAGUCUGCUCAAACAUUUUUUUGCACAAAAGGUUUUUCCAUGCACAUAUAUCUUUAGUUCAUUUGACUUGUGCUACUAAUGCAAAAUUGCAAGACAGGCGCUUGUGACUGUGUGCGGUUGUGUGUAUGCAUGGUCUAUAUGUGAGUGAGUGAGUGAGUGAGUGAGUGAGUGAGUGAGUGAGUGAGUGAGUGAGUGAGUGAGUGAGUGAGUGAGUGAGUGAGUGAGUGAGUGAGUGAGUGAGUGAGUGAGUGUUUGUGUGCGUGUUGUGUUUGUGUGAUUAGAUAUCCACCUGCUUGAAGGUGGGUCAGUUUGAGCUGGUUCUGUGUAAUUGAUGCUGAUUGGUUGACCUGAGGUACAUUAACAAGAUGUUAUGAGACGCGUUGGCGAUACAUUAAAAAACGUACCUGGCAUGAGUUUGCCUGGGUUUUGAAUUGUGGUAUACAGUGUGGUUUUCAAUAGCAGUUUGACCUGCUGCUGUUUCAACCUGAAGAAGAAUCUAAAUUGUACAGGACUGGAGGAUUCGUGUUAUAUGGAGUGAGAUAUCUGCCGAAACGUUAAACGAACGUAAUGUCAAAAAUACUUUUUUUGGGGAGAUCUCUAACCUCCUUAAUGUUCCAAGUCAAUAUGAAUGGAUGACUAGUACAUGCCAUUUAACCCUAGCAUAGCAAUGUAUAUACAUGGGCCUACACCUUUGUAGAUUGACUCUCAAAACAUUUGCAGAUUCGGGUUAUUACUGAAAAAGCAUACAUAUGAUAUAUUAUAUUACUAUUUUGUUUUUCAUUUUGAGUGGCCUUCUCAAAAAAAAAUGUUUUUUUUUUUUUUUCAAAUGUGAAUUAAUGUAUCAAUCAUUGCAUAACUGCUGUUGCUGGUCGAUAUACCGGACAAGGCUUUCAUACAUUGAUCAAAUCAAACAAAAUGAUGAUUUUUGUUUCUUCAUACUUAUGAUUUGUAUACUGUACCAAGACCGACCGAACAAAUACAAUGAAAUGUAUUUCACCAUCGAUUGUAGAUUGAGCUGGGAAAUAUGCCUUGGGUUACAAUGGUACAUACACACGGUACUAUUUAGAAUGACAAAUAAAUAGAUUAUACAACAUAUAUAUAUAUAUCUCAAAUGUGCAAUAUAACAUUCAUCCAACUUCAUUAUGCAUUUUGUUAUUUUCAAAAAUGUGAUAACGAUUGGGAAUUAUUUAGGGUUACAUCAUUGAUGAUGAAUUCAUCCCCCAUUGCACUGAGACCAAAGACCCAUCCCAAUGUUUAUUUUGUCAACAUACUACGACGUUCUCUACCAAGGAGACCUCUUCUGCUCUGUGUCCCAUGUUCACAAUCUCUCACUUCAUUCCCCACCAAGUCCAAAUCAAUCUCGCCCCUUGACGUUGAAUCAAACCACUAUUUUCACAUUGCACUCACCACUUUGAGCACACAGCCACAGGCCUACAUUCAACUCAAAACACACGCAGAGGCAUAGACACACACACACGCGCGCACAUGCUCCUAUAGGAUGAAUGAUUCAUCAGCUACGCCAGAACUCAACACAACCCCACUCAUAACAAGUCCAUCUACAGAGGUGGAGUUACUGAGCACAGUAACCAUCUACUGAACAUUACGCUUAUUUUCCAAAACAGUGUCAAAGAGUCGAUGGGCUGGGGGGGGGUGAGGGGGAGGCACACGUGACUACCCUCACAGAUUUUCCAUGCCUACAGCCAAAUACCGUAGUCCCAAAUGCUUCCUUAUUCCCUACAAAGUGCACUAGACAGGGAAUAUGGUGCCAUUUGGGACGCAGACACUGCUUUGAGAUUUGCUCAGUCUUCCCUUGUGGAGAAAUGCUGUGUUGUUUGAGCUCUCUGGGACAUCUGCUUGUUCUGCUGCCACCUAAAACUGCAAAUGUUUUUAUAACCACUCAACGAUGUGUCCCAAAUGGCAUUCUAUCCCCUAUUUAGUGCACUACUUUGGACCAGGGCCCAUGGGGCUCUGGUGAAAAGCAGUGUACUAUAAGGGAAUAGGUUGCCAUUUGGGACGCAGCCCGAAGUGGACUGAGGAUAGAGCUGAUAGAGGGGUUUGAGUUUUGUAAACAAACUUGGAGGAAGAAGUUGGGGGCAUUCAGUAGGCCUAAGUGUUCAGUCUGCGUUAGACAGUGAUUGCAACACUUUCAAACUAGUUGUUUGGGAGAAGAAAGCAUAUUCAAGUUACUCCAGUAAUCACUGAAUGGCCUGAUUGCUUUCAACCAACAUUCUCUUAACAUGCUUUUUUAGAAUAAGAAAAGCAACAUUUGCUGCGUUUAGACAGGCAGACCAAUUCUGAUCUUUUUUCCACUAAUUGGUCUUUUGACCAAUCACAUCAGAUCUCUGUCAAAAGACCAAUUAGUGGAAGAAAAUAUUAGGAUUGGGCUGCCUGUCUAAACGCAGCCGUUGUGCUGUUGUUGAGAUUAGAAUACUGCAAAGUGCUGUUGCUUUUUCUACAGACGAAUGACUUAAAACCAACAAUGUAACUCAUACAGGUACAAGUCUUGUUCCACGGUGAUUGCCUGAACUCAAAAUGGAGGACGGAGGAAGCUGUGACCCUAUGUUUUGUUUUCCGAUCUCAUUACAAAACUCUUUAGGACAUGACAACGAGAGACUCAAAAAUCACACAGUACCCUAGCUGUCUGUAAUUUCUGUAACUACUGUCAUUUUGAUUACAUUUGAAAUAAACAAUGUUGUUUAA